AUGAUCCCACCCUGCGAUCCCUCCAUACUAGAUAAAAACCCACAAUUUAAGAAACUGCACCAACAUCUAACAACUAAUCUCCUGAACUCGGAUGCAUCCACGAGAGCAGAUGGAGAUAUUCCUGAGCGGAAAGUAGCCACUGAGGAAUUGAAAAAUCUGCAAAUAAGGAAUGUGAAAAGGAAGAUAAUCAAACAGGCACUACGGCGUGCAUGUCUCGAAGACUCUGUGGACAAUGCAUUGUCGAAUGAUAUUCGCGAAAGCGGUGCAGUCAUCGCGAUGUUCCUUGAUACAUCACCUGGAUUGAAUGAAUAUAAAUAUGUUUCUCUUCGCGAUGGUCAACAAGAAGCAUCGGUUUUGAACCGCGAUAUUGAAAACUUCCAUGACAAGACCAUCCAUGCAUUAAUGCCAUCGGUUUCGGAGACCAUCACAUCACAUUUAAACAGUCUACGCUCAAUUGCUGAAGUAGGAAACCAAGCACCAACCACAACAACAACAACAACAACAACAGCGACAUCAUCAUCAAACAUCCCCACAAUAGCAGCAAACCAGUCCCGAUCACGAAUCAAAUCACGCCUCUCCAUCGGCGCCAAAAAGAUCCAACAACCCCGUCUAUCCCUCCAACUCGACGAGCGGAUUACCAAAUUACGCCGGACUCAAAUAUCAGAUUUACCUACUGCCAGAAACAAGGUAGCUGUAACCGCCGCAAAUCUUCUAGCUGCUCGAGGCGAGGCAAUGGAGCGCAUGGUUGUCCUCCUGGAGAGGACGAAAUAUGGCUCCUUGUCUAGAGGUACGAAAGCGCGAGCGGAUUAUCUAGCGACGGUGGCGGAAUGUAUGAGUUAUAAGGUUCAGGUCACAAAACUCGAAACACUAUCAACCAUCUACACGCCCGAGAAUAUAGCUGCGCUCGAGAACUAUAGCGCUCAUUUACGAGAGACUUUGACACAGUUGGAGGAGACUCGGAAUAUCGCAAAUCAGACAUUGGAAGAAUAUGAUCAAGUCGGAACUUCAAAAGAUAAUAGAAAAGGCAAGACAGGACCAAUGGCGGAUAUUGCGCGACGGUAUGGAGAUUUGGUGCAGGAGGUGGACGCUGUUCAGAGGGAGAUUAAGAAGUUGAGAAUAUAG